AUGUCAUUCAGAAAUAAUGAUAUUAAAAUUAAUAAUUAUGAAGAAAAUCGUCGUCGACGCCAAAGACGACGAAUUACAAUGCAAAAGAAAGACUAUGAAGAGUUGGAAAGAAAAGAAACUGACUCUCAUAGAUCUUCUGGCUUCGAAACGAUCGGGGAUCGUGUUCGACAACGUAGAGAAGCCAGUGAAAAUCGUUUAAUUAACGAUUUUCUUCGAGAGAGGGAGACUGGACGUCUUGACUUAGAAAAAUAUCGUCAAAGACGUGAAGAAGCUAUUGCCUCUCUUGAAAGAAAAAGAAGAAAUACCCGCACUAUUGGAGAGUACGGAACUACUUCUAUUAUUGGUGGUACUGCUGAUAAUAGAGUAGUUAGCGGAGCUAGUGUUGGUACUACUUCUUUAAUAGAAGAUCCCCAAUUAGACUCCUCUUUUGUCCCUCCUCAAAAUGCCCCCUCUGACCCCUCUCAAGAAACCCCUUAUGCCCCACCUAUUAUAGCCCAACCAGCGGAUGAUACAUUAUCUGAUGCAGAGGUUCAAGCUAUUCUAGAGGAAAUACUCAAUGAAGAGGAAUAUGUUACAUUAGAUUUCCUCACUCUAGAUAGAAUAGAACCUACAGAAAAUGAAUUGCAUCUAAUCCGUCUGGCAAGAGAAAAUAAUACUGAUGAAGAAAUAGAAUUCAGUAUUAUUAGAAGAAGAGAUUUUGGGCUAGAAUAUACUGCGCAGGUAUGGGGUGGUAUGCUAGGGGAAACCUAUAGAAUAAGUCAAUUAAUUAAACAACAUGACUUAAUCCCCCUAGUUGAGUUUGUAUUUGGUGGUCGACAACGACGAUUUAUUAUUAAUUUAGAAAAUGUCGAACCACAAGAAUUCAUUAAUAGAUGUGUGGGGUUUAAUGUUGGUAUAGAAGAAUUUUGGAGGAGAUAUGAUGAUGAAGAAAGUGAAUUAAAUAUUCCACCAGGAAAAAUAGUAAAAGAAAUCAUCAUAUCAAUAGUUAAACCUCCACAACGCCAACGAAUUGAUGGAGCAAUGUUCAAUUAUUAUCUUGAUGAACAUUGGAAACCAUUAAAACAUAUAUUAAAAAAAUAUCAAAUAUAUGUUCUAGAUGAAGUUGCAACAAUAGAAAAUUGUUUCAUUAAUGCGUUGCAAUAUUCUGGUGUACUUACAACAACAGAAAUGACCCAUUUAAGAACAAUUGUAAAGGGGAUUUCAGUCACCAAGAAAACACUUCAUCAAAUAGCUGAAGAGUUUAAACUAGACAUUACUCUUCGAUAUUAUAAAGGGGAUAAAAUUGAAAGCUCGCGUGUCACUUAUGGAAAACGUAGAGUUAAUUUAUUCUUACUACGUUGGAAAAAUAAUAAUCAUUAUAUUAUUGAUGAUGUAGUAGAAGUGACAGGAUAUUUCAUUACACAUUAUGAUGAAAUAUUAAAAUAUACAGAAGAAAACAACGAAGAUAUUAAUAAAUAUUUUAAUGUUGUUAAGAAAGAAAGCGGGCAAUAUAAACAUUCUCUCACAAGAUAUAUUCCUGCAUAUAAAUGUAUUAAAUUAUUACAUGAGAGAAAUGCAUUUAAAGAAAUAAGAAGAGAUAAUUUAUUAAAAAGAAAAUAUUAUGACUCUUUCUUAUUUAAUUCAUUUUCUGAUGAAUUAGCAAAAUCAGAAUCAAGAAUAGUAGGGGAAAUAAAGAAAAAAGAUGUCACAAAUACAUUAUUAUUUGCUGACUUUGAAUGCUUGGUAAGUGGUGAAAAUCAUAAACCAUUUUGUAUUAUUGUAAUGGAUGAAAAUGGUUUAUGGAAAAGUUUCUAUGGAUUACAUUGUGCAAAAGAUUUUAUUGAAUAUAUAAGUACCAUGGAAACACCAAUAUGUUAUUUCCACAAUUUGGGGUAUGAUGGAAGAUUUCUCGCCAAGUUUGGUAUUAUUAAUAUUAUUAUGAGAGGAAAAAUGAUUUAUAAAAUGGUUGUAAAAUAUAAAGGUAAGAAAAUUAUCUUUAAAGAUACACUCUCAUUAAUACCAACUUCAAUUGGUAAUUUUAAAGAAUUCUUUAAACUUAAUGGUGAGUAUGAAAAAGAAAUAUUUCCAUAUAAUUAUUAUAAUGAAGAAACUAUGGAAAUAGGAGUAAUUAAUGAAUGUGGAAAUAAUGAACAACCAGUGUGGAGUGAAAAUACUAGAAAGAAAUUUAAGGAACUUCUAGUUAAAAGUAAUUGUCGAAUUGAUAAUACUCAUUUUAAUUCAAGAAAAUAUUGUGAGUAUUAUUGCCUUCGAGAUGUUCUUGUACUUAGAGAAGGCUUUUUAAAAUAUCGACAAAUGGUUCAAACUCAUCUCCACCUUGAUUGCGUCUGUUAUGCCUCUCUUAGUUCAAUGGCAUACGCAUUUUUUGUUAACAAUUGUUUUGUUAAAGACGCAAUAUUUGAAUAUACAGGGGUUGUUCGAGAAUAUAUUAAACAAGCAGUAUAUGGGGGAAGAAAUAUGACCAGUGAAAAUAAAAAACAUUAUAUCACUGAUGAAAUUGUUGAUUUUGACGCUUGUAGUUUAUAUCCAUCUGCCAUUGCACGUUUAUAUUUGCCAAUGGGAGCGCCAAAUCAAAUGUUUCAUCCAAUUGAAUGGUAUCUUGAACACCUUAUGGAUGAACAACAAUUUGAACCCUCUGAAACAAAAUUUAUUUCUUAUUUUAUUGUAACCAUUGUAAUAACAAAGAUAAAUAAGAAAAGAAAAAUGCCUAUUAUCAUUAAAAAGAUAAAAGGUAUAAAUCAUUAUGUAAAUGAAGAAACCACCAUGAUUGUAGAUUCAAUUUAUCUACAAGAUUUAAUUAAAUAUCAAGAAAUAGAAUUUAAGGUGGUACAGGGGAUAUAUUGGAAAGGAAGUAAAGUUGGAUUAUUUAAAGAGAAAAUAAAAGAAAUAUAUAGAAUAAGGAAAGAAAUGAAACAAGUAAAUGAUCCAGCUGAAAUUAUAUUUAAACUGGUAAUGAAUUCUUCCUAUGGAAAAACCAUCCAAAAACCAAUUAAGGAAGAAAAGAAAUUCUUCAGAGGAAGAAAUAAAAUGACAUCAUUUUGGAGACGCCACUUAGAAGAUGUCAUUGUUGGGGAACAACUUUAUGAUUCAGACGUUUGGAUGGUUGACGUAAAGAAACAAUUAGAUGACUUUUUUGUUCCCAACAUUAUUGGUGUUCUUAUUCUCUCCAUGUCCAAGAGGAUAAUGAACGAAUUAAUUUAUUUAUGUGAAGAUAUGGACAUUGAUGUUUACUAUCAAGACACUGAUAGUAUUCAUAUAAAGAAGAAGGAUCUACCACGACUUGAAGAGCUUUAUGUAUCAAAGUAUGGUAGAGACCUAGUUGGGUCUGAACUAGGUCAAUUUCACUCAGACUUCCCUCUUGUGAAAGGGAAACCGUCUUGGUCAAUAAAAUCAAUCUUCCUUGGGAAGAAAUCCUAUUUGGAUGUCCUCAUUAAUGAGGAUGGCGACCAGGAUUAUUUAAUCCGUAUGAAAGGAAUCCCUAAGAGUGCCAUUAUUGGUACUGCUAAUGAAAAGUUUAAUGGGGAUAUGGUCGCCUUAUAUGAAUAUCUUUAUGCGGGUAAUCCGCUUAUAAUUGACCUAGCCAAGUACGGUGCUCACUUUUCUAUUGAGCGAGAUUUUAAAAUAUCAUCACUGAGUGAAUUUAAAAGAACAAUUAAAUUUUAA